AAAAGAGGCAGAGCGAACACAUUGAGUGCAAGCUCCAAGCAUCUCAAAAGCGAGAACUUUUGUCGUGCUCGCUGUCAACCGGUUAGUAUGACUGCAAUCACGUUGUUAAUACGCGAACUCUACGAUCUGUCGGAUGCAUUUUGGCAUAACGAAUUUAAUUUCGCACGAAGCCUACAAUAUUACCAUACAAAGCGUCGACUACAAUUGUUUUGGUUUUACUGUCGAGAACAUUGGUUGCGUCAGUAUACGAGCCUAUCGGGCUAUAGCGCAAUAGAAAGCAUGCAACAUGCUGCGGCAACGGACAUCGAUUUUGCAGCUAUUGAAGCGACGACGAGUUACCAAGCCAUUGAACAUUUCGACCAUCAGCAAGCGGAUACUAUGAGUGAUAUCGAAAUAGUAAAUGGUAUGGAUUUUAAUGCGUCCUUUUAUGAAUACUCUGAUGCGCAGCCCAAGUAUUGUACCGAUGAAAUUGGCCAACUCUGCGAAGGCGUUAGCUUUACCUUCACUGGAAAAAUUGCCAUCAACUGCGAGCGAUUUUCCAUUAAUUUUAUGUACAAAAAUGAAUCACGGGAUGUCGCACUACACAUCAACCCCCGCCUUCCUCAAAACUAUAUUGUACGUAACACCAAAGUCCAUGAUGUUUGGGGCCGUGAGGAAGUGUCCUCAGCGCUGCCGUUUUUACUCCGCCGUGGGGAUAGAUUUGCUAUUCAAGUGUUCAUUACGGACGUUUGUUACAUGAUAUCGAUAAAUGGUCAUCACUUUACGGAGUAUUCGCACCGCGUACCCUACAGCGGUGUUAAACAUCUUGAAGUCAAAGGUGACGUGGAAGAUGUGGAAAUGCAGCGUACUAUAGUUCAGAGUUACCCACAACGACUGAAAGAAUCGGCAGCAAGAGUUAUAGAGGAACAUCUUUCUGCAGAAAUGGACGAGGUUGAUGCCAAUGCUGAGGAGAUUAUUAGUAUACCCCACGAGUGGUGUCUUAUUAGCGCUCCCGCUAAAAUAACGAAAAAUUCAUCAAAAACCUGCCAAGAUUCUGCAGAUCAAGGUCUUACGCUUCCAUAUUACGGCGCAAUUACACCAAAAUCAUUAAAAGAAGGCCGUUGCUUAAAGAUUGAGGGCCGUGUACGUCUGUUGCCACAUUCAUUUUACAUAAAUUUGCAGCAAGGACAGAAUAUUUGGCCUCAUCCCGUUAUUGCAUUCCAUUUGAAUCCACGUUUUUCGCAAACGAGCAGUGGUGCCAUAGGUAAAGCGGUAGUGUGCCGUAACGCUUGGUAUGAUGGAAGUUGGGCUCAAGAGGAACGUUCCGAAUUGGACACAAACUUAAGACCGGGCCGUACAUUCAGUUUGGCAAUUGUCUGCUCCAAGGAUUCUUUUGAAGUCUAUGUUAACCAUAAGUUUAUUACUGAAUUUAAGUUCCAUGUUAAGCCAGAUAUUGUGGAUACGGUAUACAUUCAGGGUGAUGUAAAGCUCUGGAAUGUGACAUUAGAACCAAAUCCAAUGAUUAAGGGCAAAAAUGUGCGUAUCUACCAUAAUCCUAUUUAUACAGAAGAGUAUUAGGUUAUGAAAUAUGUGGCACGUCUUAGAACGUUUUUUCUUUUAAAAGCUUAAGUUAUACCAGUUGCCUUUAGUGACAAUAAUAAGCUUUUGGACCGUUUGGAAAAUGUAUUUUAAAUCAAAUUAUCUAAGCAAAACGUGUGUAAAAAAAAGCAUUGUGUAAGGAUGCUAGUAAAUUUUGUUAUGUGAGCCAGAAUAUCAAUAUAAACCAGCAAUCUGCUCUUUUUAUUUUACUUUAAUUGUGAAUUAUGAAUAAGUUUUGAAAAAAUCGCUACUCUCUGUUAAUA